AUUCCGAGCACCCGGCUCCGAUAGUAGCUCUGCCGUAACUGUACCUCUGACGUCCAUCGCCAUCGAUACCUAUUGCUCUCACGAGAUAAACACCGCACAAUCCGACGUCCACCACCGAAAUCGCAGCAAUGUCUUUCGCCUCAAGAGUCCUGUCCUCCAGCAGCCGCGCGCUGGCUACCCGAUCCUUCAGCACCUCUGCCCGACGGAUGGCCGAUUCGCCUCUUCCUGCCAGGAAACCUCUGGGAGCUUUCCGUGGAGGUCUUUUCGGCUUCCUUCUCGGUAGCUUCCUCGCCGGCAGCGCCGCCUACAGCUAUCUCCUCAAGGAGUACAAGAUCGCCAACGACCUGUUGACCGAGGAUAUUUAUACUCUACAAGCCUCCGUCACCCGUCUGAGCAACCACGUCCAGGCUCUGGAGACCAGGACACAGGGCAAGAAAUAGACGGAAAAGACGGGAUAAAGACAUAAUUGUAUAAAAUAGUCGGAGCUAGGGGGCAGAAUGAGCUCCGUUAGCUCUCUGGUAGACGCGUUGAAAUGAGGAUGGCUCCCAUUGCAUUUCCUAUUAGUGUUUGGGUUUGAGAUUGUCAUGCAGGGCGAUUGUGGAGAUUUGUACGAUCAUGUGCUAUGUUACGAGCAUAACUGCAAGCCCAAUCCAUAAGAUAUCAUGCGGUCUGUGUAAGAGAAACAUUAAAGUCACGGUGAAGUUGAGACAGAUAUCAAUAUAGUAGUCAAGUCAUGAAAUGGUCCCAUUGCCACAGAAACUAAAA